GCUCUUUGCUGUAGACGACGAUCAUGGCGAAGGACGGGCUGCAGCUAUCGCGCGAGCCGUCGAUUGAGGAUCAGGCGACGCGUCUCUCAUUCAAGAAGCUACUCAUCAUCUUCCUCGGCCUCGGAUCCGCGAUCUUUCUGUCCUUUCUAGACACGACAUCUGUUACGACUGCCUUGCCGAAGAUCGCGACCGACAUACAUGCUGGGCAAUCCAUCACUUGGGUCGGAACCUCUUACCUGGUUGCGACAACGUCCUUCCAAAUCAUAUACGGCCGGCUAUCAGAUAUUUUUGGACGGAAAGCGCUCCUCAUGUCUGCGCUUUUCAUCUUCGCCGUGGGUGACUUGCUUUGCGGGUUUGCGAAGACCCCGGUGCAGCUAUACGUCUUCCGCGCGAUUGCUGGCAUCGGCGGUGGAGGGAUUGGCACCCUGUCUAUGAUCGUCAUGUCCGAUGUGACAAGCCUUCGAGAGCGAGGAAAAUGGCAGGGCUACAUUGCGGGCUCUGUUGCACUCGGUUCUGCCGUCGGCCCCUUCGUAGGCGCGGCGUUGGCGCAACAGGCGUCCUGGCGCUACGUAUUCUGGCUGCCGGUCCCGUGCACCGUCAUCUCGGCCAUCAUCAUAUAUCUCUAUAUCCCGUUGAAAGCGGUUUCGGGGAACUACCGCGAAAAGCUAUGGAAAAUCGAUUACUUGGGGAGCUUCCUAUCCCUCGCUGGUAACAUCUUCCUGCUCGUACCCAUAUCUGCGGGCGGGUCCACUUUCCCUUGGAAGUCUGGUGUUGUGAUUGGCCUUUUAUGUGCCGGCGGCGUCGUCUGGGGUCUCUUCGCCGUAGUGGAAUGGAAGUUCUGCAGGCUUCCUGUCAUGCCCUUACGACUCUUCACCUACCGCACGACCUGUCUCGUCUUUUGCAUGAACCUAUUCUACGGUAUGGUAUACUACGGCAACAUCUACUUCCUCCCCAUCUACUAUCAGAAAUUCCGCGGCUUCAGCGAACUGAAGUCUGCUGCCCUCCUCCUCCCCCUCCUCCUCAUCCAGUCCGUCUCCGGCGUGCUCAACGGGCAGGUCACGAUGUACACGGGCGGCGUGAAGCCGCAAAUCCUCGUCGGCUUCUCGCUGUGGUUGAUCGGGAGCGGGUUGCAGUCCACGUUUAGGCGGACGACGAGUAUCGGGAAGAUCAUUGGGAUUCUGUUGAUUCAGGGCAUUGGGACUGGCGGUAUCCUGCAGACGACCCUCGUUGCUGCGCAGGCCGCUGCGCCUGGCAAGGACCGCGCCGUCGUGACCGGCACUCGCAACUUCUUCCGUACCAUGGGUGGCGCCUUCGGCGUCGCCAUCAGCAAUGCCAUCCUCAAUAACAUCAUCUCGGACGAGCUCCCCGCCGCCCUGCCGUCCGACAUCCGGGACUCCCUACUCGCAGGAGGGUCGAUCGACCUCCCAGACAGCCUCCCCUCGGACGUCGCGGAAGGCGUCUACGCCGCGUUCGGGCACGGCUUGCAUAUGGUCUACGUGUACUAUAUACCGCUGAUAGCGGUUUGCUUGGUCAUGUCGUUGUUCUUGAAGGACUUCGGUCUCCCAGAUGUCAUGGCAGAGAAAGUGGCAGCUGGCGCCAUAACGCCCGCGAUCACGGAGCCUCCGACCGCCGUGCCCAGCACCACGGACUUGACGGCUGAGCCGAAGUCGCCUGCAGGUCUGGAGAGUGGGCUGACCAUGGCGACGACAUCGCUAAAAGAGAAGUGCGACUCGGAUAGCAUGGAAGCGGAAGCUCCUGUAGAGGCAACAAGUCGUCGACUUCCCGAGGAUCGUGUGUAGUUGGAUAUAGGUCGCGCGAGCUGGAGUCAUAAAUGUUUUCAUAGAUUGUCAUAGAUUUAGAGGUUCCAUGUUUGGUGUAUACAUGAUUGUUCUUACAUGCG